UUCCUCGUCGUUCCUCGAAGCUCUGAAAUCUACUUCCUUCCUUCUACACGUCAGACUCUGGUUAUUGGAAGUCUAUCCACAAAACAGAACUUUCUGAAUCUCUUGAUAAUUCUUCGCGUUGUUUACUUUGAUCGAGAGUGUAAAUAUUUCAACAUUCUCAUGAGAUGGCAGGUCGCGCGCACCCUUACCAUCCCUAUGAACCGGAUUCAAUUUCAGGACACGUUCGCUAUGUGCACUCUUUGCAGCGAGCAGAGGCUUCUAAAACAGCCCGAAAACAAGCCAAUGGUCUGCCAGUGAACCGUAAUAUAAAUCAAACCCGACAACCUGAACAAGCUGCUGUCAAAUUCGCACGAAAAACGAAUCAAAUGGGAAGAAUGCCUAUUCCUGGGUCUUCUGGCGAUAGAGCCCCGUCAGUCGCUCGAAAGGCAUCCUCCUCCGCGUUUCCUAGGCCUGACGAGACGCCGUGGCGCAUGAGACACGAAGUCCAUAGAAAACUCCCCUCAUCCCUAGUCCCCCCAAUCGAAUCUCAUAUACCCGAGAACCAUGUUGCUAGGAAGCAACCUACCACGGCACCUGAACGGUGGGUUAUUCAGGAUGAAGAAAGGAUAGCUAGAGCGGCUGUAAAGUCAACGCUUCAACGACGGUCUAUCAUCACUCCGUCCCGAAAGCAGACCUUUGUGACACAUCAUUCAGUCAAGAAAAAGGAUCGAGAGGUGUUCUUUCUCAACGCCGAUAUGGAUAUCGUUAGCACUCGUAACCCCACUCAACGCCUUGCAACGAAGGCUGCGCGCAAAAACGACGUAGUUGAGAUACCUUCUGAUAGUGAGGAAGAUGAAGCCAAAUCCCUAGGUUCUGACUCCGAGUCUACACCAUCUGAAUCAAGUCCAGAAUCCGAUGUAGAACUGACACCAACUAGCGACGACGAACUGGAAUAUGUAGACAACAACCAGGAACAAGAUAAAGAGACACAUUCCAUACCCGAGCCUGAGUUGCUCGAAGCCAUCCGAGCGCACUAUUUUACGACCCUCCGGAUGCAGGAUACGUCGAGAUUGCCUUUCAUGCGUAGGAAUCUCCGAAGAGGCUUCCGGAAUCAAUGCCAUCUGCGUGGAUAUGGCCUACAGCGGCCGUCAGGCAAACCGCACAUCACCCUAGUGUACGAUUGUCCUUCAGUUGAGAGGACCUGCACAACGCACGUAACGGACUGGCUCUGUCCAGUCUGUGAGCUUCACGGCACGUUUGAUAAUCAGGAGCAGUUGGCUUGUCAUUUGACUUGGGACCAUCCUGAGUUGGAAAUCAGAUGGGAGAGGGAGUUCAGUCUUAGUAGUGUUCAGCGUGUAGGGCCACGAUGGAGAUUGGAGGUAACGAUACCGGCUAUACCCGCGCCAACGCCUCCGCCCGCAGAAUAUCCCCCAGAUGAUGCUAGUGAGAACGGGCACCCCUUAGAAGAGACUCGUGAGCCCGAAGUCCAGCACGAACGUGAUCUGCACGCUGAGCUUCGCCCUGAACCUUCCUCGGAAGAUGAAAUUCUACUCAGGCCAGCUGUUGGGCAUCCCCCUACACCUCAAGCCAAGCCCAUAGCAACGCCAGUCUCUCUUCGGUCCGUGACACCAGCCUUUACACCCCAGAAGAUGAAGAUGUUCCAACCCAUUUUCCGUCCAACGCCCACUCCCAGUGCGAUCCCUAGAGUCGCAAAGCGCGCUGACAGAUCAUGCACUCCGCCACCACCUGACCGGAUGCUGGGCCCCGCCGCCCAGCCUCCGUACCUUCCGGAUGACCUGUAUUCGUGCCGUCCCGGGGGUCCUCGCGUGUUCGACCUGCUCCAGAUGCUUGACAUGCGGCCGUUUGGCGUCCUGGCUUGGACUGUCAUCGAAAGAGAAGAUGAGAUCUUUGACAGCGAUGAUAUUAAAGAUGAACACAAGGUGAUGCAUGCUUUAUGGGCGAGGUGGAUCCUUCUAAAUCGGAGCAAGUUUAUAGCGAAUUAUUGUCGGGGUAUAACUGAGUUUGUGGACCAGUAUUGGCUGAUGAUACAUAAAGCAGCGGGAUGGAAGGCGUUGAGGUUUUGGCUUAUGACCAUGUUGGCGAAUAGAUAUCUUAAGGGUGAGGAGGUCGCGAGCGUGCUAAAGUAUUAUGAAGCUAAAACUCAGAUGGAUCUAUGGUAUGAUGAAUGAUUGUAUAUUCUGCGUGUAUCGAGCGAAUGUACGGCCGCCUUGAGGGUUAUUCAUGAUUCCAUGUAGUGUCUAGGCUCCUGUUGGGAGGUCAUGGGGAAGGAUGAAUGCAUGCUAAAAAAUCUAGUUAAACUUAUAUAGAACUUCCAUAGAGGCUUUAUAGAAAGCAUCUCUACUAUGGUCUCCAGUACCGCUC